AUGGGAAAGGAUGCAUUUGUGUUUCCUGGACAACGCAAGAAGACGCCAUUCCAGCGACAUAAGGAGCUGGAAGAAGAGAGGAAGAAGAAAGAGGAAGCAGAAGCAGCAAAGCUGUACGAAGAGUUUGUGGAAUCCUUUGGGGAUGCCAAGCCUGAGGAGAGCAGCGGCCCAAAAGCCUUCCUGCGGGGGCAAGGCCAGAAGAAGGCAGCAGCCGGAAAGUAUGUGCCAUCCUUCUUGCCGCCAUCCAUGGCGGCCGCAGCAGCCAAUCGUGGGCCCACCAGAGAUUCCGGCUUCUCAUCCAUAGGCGGGCGUGACUCUGGCUCGGCGCUGCCACCCAGCUCCUCUCGUAGUGAUCGCAGCAAGCCCCGCAAUAUUGACAUGAUGCUGGAGAAUCUCAAGCGGGAGCAAGAGGCGCGCGAGGAGCGGCAGCGGUUGCGGCGCGAGCAGGGCAUCGAGUUGGAGGACGACGGCGCAGGCUCCUUCGACGACGGAGACCCCUACACCACCAAUCUGUAUGUGGGCAACCUGGCACCGGACAUUGAUGAAGAGGUGCUAAAGCGGGAGUUUGGGCGCUUUGGCGACAUUGCGAGCGUCAAGAUCAUGUGGCCGCGAGAUGAAGACCAGCGGCGCCGAGGCAGGAACUGCGGCUUUGUGGCCUUCAUGACGCGAGCGGGAGCGGAUCGGGCGAAGGCAGACUUGAACGGCGCGAUCCUGCACGAUCUGGAGCUGAAGCUGGGCUGGGGCAAGUCCGUGCAGCUGCCGCCCGUGCCCCUCUACUCCGCCUCCACAGCUGGGGCCCCCGCGGGCGCCGGCGGUCCCCCCGGUGGCCCGCUCGGCAAGCCGGCCGGAGCUGCCGUCCCGCCGCCGGGCGUGGAGGCCGCUCCGCCCUGGGUCGCGCCGCCGCACGGCGAGGACAGCCUUGAGGGCGUCGGCCCGGACAUAGUGGUGGAUGUGCCAGGCGACAGCCGCGUGCGUUUCAUAAUCGACUCCAUGGCGAGCUACGUGGUGGUGGACGGCUGCGCAUUUGAGCAGGCGGUCAUGACCGGCCAGGCGGCCAACCCGGAGUUUGCCUUUCUGUUUGACCUGCGCUGCUCCGAGCACGCCUACUACCGCUGGCGCCUGUUCAGCCUGGCCUCGGGGGACUCCCUCAAGAGCUGGCGCGUCGAGCCCUUUGUCAUGGUGGAAGGCGGACCCAGGUGGGUGCCACCGGCAAUGAUGGCUGCGGACGGGUCGCACCAGACGGCGGCGCAGCGCGGAGGCGAGGCCAAGGACAAGGACCGGCCGCUGUCCGACCUGCAGCGGGACAAAUUUGAGGACUUGCUGCGUGCGAUCACAAUUGCGCGGCCGGACAUCUGCGAGGCGAUGGUCUUUGCUCUGGACAACGCUGAGUCCGCCACAGAGGUGGCGGAGACGAUGGCUGAUGCGCUGACGCUGGCGGAGACGCCGGUGCCGGUGAAGGUGGCGCGUCUGAUGCUGGUGUCGGACGUGCUGCACAACUCCACCGCGCCCGUGCGCAACGCCUCCCGCUACCGCUCCCUGCUCGAAGCCCACCUCCCCGACAUCUUCGAGUCCCUGCAGGAGACGUACCGGUCGGUGGAGAGCCGCAUGGCGCAGGAGUCACUGCGGCGGCAUGUGCUGCGUGUGCUGCGAAUCUGGCGCUCCUGGUUCAUCUUCUCCGACGACUUCCUCAACGGCCUCCAGGCGAUGUUUCUGCGUGGGGCCAGCUCGGGAGGUGAUGAAACGGAGCUGGCUGCAGAGCUGAAUGCGCUAUCCAGCGACGAGCUCGACACGCGCUGCCGCCGCAACGGCCUCUCCCGCAGGGGCGGCCGCGGCGCGCAGGUGUCCCGCCUGUUGGCGCUCCAUUCCUACCUGCAUGGAGACCCGGCAAGCAGCAAGCCGGACGCAACUCAGCAGGCUGCUCAACAGGCUGCAGAGCGCAAGGCUGACAAUGAGGACCUGGCUGUCAAGCUUGCUGAGAAGAAUGCGCCAAGCGUCUUUGACGUCAACAGAGACCCUGCGCCGGAGCCAGCAAAGAAGCCCCCCGAGCCGGAGAUCGUGUCCAAAUGGACCCUCGUCGACUAUGAUACCGAGCCUGCAACAACGUUUGAUGAUGCCAAGGCAGAGGAGCCCGGCGACAUUUUCAGCGACGCAGAGGCAACGCCACGGGAUGAGCGGGGCGCGUCCCCACCGCCGGACCCCUUGGCGGAGGACCGCGCCCCCGCAGCCGCCGACGGGGGGUCUGGGGCCCCCCGCCCCAGUCCCAAGCCAGCCGACGGCGGCCGCGCGGCGGCCUCCGGUGCAGGCGGAGCCGAGCGCACGGACGGCGCCGACGAGGAGCGGCGGCUACGCCUGCGGCAGGUGGAGGUGUCGACGAUGCUGUACCGGGACGAGCUGGAGGAGGGCGGCAUGGCGCGCGAUGACGUGGAUGCGGCCGUCGCCGAGCGCCGCGCCGAACUCCUGGCCGAGGCCGAGCGCGACCUCGACUCCAAAGCCGCCGCCGGCAAAGCCGAGCGUGACCGCAGCGCCAGGGGUAGCGACAGGGAGAAGCAGAGGGAUUCAGACAGGGCGAAAGACCGGGAUCGGGACAGGGAUAGAGAUCGGGACCGGGAGAGGGACAGGGAAAGAAGCCGGGAGAGGGAGAGGGACAGAGAGAGGAGCCGGGAGAGGGAAAGGGAAAGAGAGAAGGACAGGGAGAGGGACAGGGAGAAGUCAGAGCGAAAGCGCGAGCGCAGCGCAGACACAAAAGACACGCGGGACAGGGAAAACGGCAGCAGGAGGGAGAGAGAGCGCAAGGAGAGGGACAGGCCGAAGGACAAGGACAGGGAAAAGGAGGACAGGGAUCGCGAGAGGGAAAGAGAGCGGGAGAAAGACAGGGACCGGCUGAGGGACAGGCGCAGCCGCAGCCACAGCCGAGACAGGAGCUACUAUCUACUGAUGCAUGUAGAUCGUUGUGAAGGUUGA